GCAUAAGACACAUCCUCCAACGGAAGCCUUUCGAAAUAUCCGAAAAUAUCGUGUCGGGAAAUAACACAUAUGCCAACCUCAGCAUGUCAAUGUUUUGUGUAUACAGACCCACAUGGUCGUUCGUUACAAAACAUCGUUCUGGGCGUCUAACGUCAUUAUUAUCGUUUUCACUAUCGUUUGACGUCGACUCGUCACUCUAUUGUAAAUUGUAGUCUGUAAACCCAUAAUAAUAAACUGCAAGGUCGUGCCGGCGACGGAUACCUGGCAUAGUGGGGGCCGAACGGCACGACGCCUGCACUUCAUACAGUUUCAGUAGCCAUCCGCGGUGUGAUUGACGCUGCCUAUUUACGCAGUACACGAACUCGUUAGCUCACUCGGCUUCCUAGACUCCUCAAGCAACUGAACAAACCAUACUGGUCCGUGAAUUUGUGACAUACAUAAAAUUAAUUCACAUUCAGCCUAACCAUUUGUCUAAAUAAACUAUCCUAAAAUUAUAGUUUCAUGAAAAUAUCUUUGGUUUUGAGGAGUAUAAAUGUUGUUCAUGUUUAAUCAGGUGCGUCCAGAAUUGGUGUAGUGAUCCGCGCAUACAGACCCGCGCAGUCGGACUUCUGUUGUAGUUGGAGCUCAUCGUCAGUCUGCGACUCCCAAGUCUUGAUGCCUAACUGACAUAAAUCGGCCCGUUUGAACGUAACGAUUCGGACAAUGCUUAUCAGUGAGCUGUUAGUGUGCCGACGCGAAAAAAUGUUCUUAUAACAUGUGAGGUGAUAAUAAUCGUGAAUUAUUGUUAACAGUUGUGUAAAUUUUUAUAUAAUUUGAUGAUUCAUAAGUCUAGUUGAACGUGUUCUGAAUCAGAUAUUAUGAAGCCAUAUGGAGUCGUUAUUGUCCUGGCGACGCUCAUGUGUUAUUACACAACAAAAGCCCAAUGCGGUAAUGGGCGUAAGGUCUCGUUCACACGAUGGUCCGGCGUGGCUCCCGAACUGGCCACUCCUGUCUUCGUAUACUCCGCCAGUGGAGACGAGGAAUCCCUCGCCGGCGCCUGCCUCGCGAGAUGCAGAGAACUCGAAGACUGUGCAGCUGUCGUAGUAGCAUACGGAAGGGGAAACUGCCAAGGAUUAGCUGAUUCCACCACAGCACAGCUGAAGGUUGAUAAUGAUGUCGCCUACUUCAAAAAAGUUUGCUUGGAAUUACCAGAGGAUUGCUCCGUGCGAUGGUGGGCCCUGGAGAACACGCCUGGCUACCACCUGCACUCCGAGGGGUCACACCUCAAGGUCAUUCUCAACGUCACCGUCUACGAGUGCUAUGAUGCCAUCUUCUCGUCGAGUGCUCGUGAACAACAGUAUCGGUCUGCGCAGUGGGUUGUCCCUCAAGGCGCCUUCAACUCCGAAGUGGUGUACACGUCAGACUCCACGAUCGGCAACUGUAUCCUCAACGCGGAGAACAAGUUCACUGAACCCGAGUCCUACCGCGUCUCCAACUACUACACGUUCUAUAUCGAGAACCAGUGCAGCCAUGACUAUCCCAAGAAGAUAGACAGAUGUUCUUACGAAGAAUACUACAAUCAAACGCUGAAACACGUCGAGUAUACUUUCAGGAAUCUGACUAAGGACGAAUGCAAAAAAUCCUGUGAGAUAGCAACGCGUUUUAUCUGCCGGGGGUUCACCUGGAUAACAGCGGGGCAGGAGAGGGGGCGCGGGCUAUGCGACCUCCACAGUGAAGACCUCAUCACGACUGGCUCGUGGCUGCUGCGCCGGACCUCCACAGCUGACUACUACCGCAGAGUUAUAUGCUUAAAUAUCAGCGUAGAAUGCGAGGGCUCGGACAUGGUAGUGACGUACCGUCCUCGCGGCGUGUUCCGCGGGCGCGUGUACGUCCCGGGCCGAGGCGAGCGCUGCAGCGCGCGAGCCACCGGGACCAACGUCCGUCUGACUUUGCCGCUCAAGGGAGAGUGUGAUGUUAAUUUUGCGUACGGUAUCUCUAAUGGACCUAAUGGAGUCAUUAACAGGACGAUGGCAUACGUGAUGGUGAUGAUCCAGAACAACCCCAUCAUCCAGACUGCGGGUGACCGCUGGGUGCGCGUGGGCUGCUCGCCCGGCGCCCGCGCAGCUACGCAGGUCGACGCUACCGUCGCUGUUAGGGAUAUCGGUGGAUACAAGAAGCCGACAUCCGUAAGCGAUACAGACAGCCGGCCCAUAUCGCCGGCGGCAGCUAGCGCCGUGUACGGGGCCAGCACCACGCCGGUCACCAUGUACGUGGUGAGGGCACUGGACGACACGGGAGCGGCCGCGGUGUCGCUUGGAGAGCCGCUUGAACUCAGGAUUGAGACUACAGAUGUAUCUGAAAUCAAAGCGUAUCACCUCGUAGCUUCUUCAAGACUUGGUGACAGCUCUGUACUACUUCUGGAUAGUAGAGGAUGUCCAACGGGCCAGGUGGACUUCCCAUCGUUCACCCGCUCGUGGCUGGGCGGCACGCAGCGCCUCUCCGCGCGCUUCAAGGCGUUCCGUUUCCCCACCUCACACGUCGUGCGAUUCGCGCUCAUGGUGCGCUUCUGUAAUAACAAGUGCCCACCCGUGGAGUGUCAAUCAAAACAAAACAGGAAUACUCGUCAGACGAAUGCGACGUACUAUCAGUUAGGGGAAUGGGACGAGCCCGUACCAGCAGCCGUCAGGCAGCAGCCAGGCUCAGGGCCCGCUAUCCCCAGCGUGGGUGCUCGGAGAGGCGUGGUUGCCCAGGGCGGGGCUUCCCCAUGCACGCCCACUGAAGAUGAUGCACUGGCUAUGGAGUUAGAAAUGCUCGUAGACUCUAAAGACAUCCUUUCGACAGAUACGCUCGUCCACGCGGACCAUCGAUCCACUUUACCGGAAGAAAAUAAGUUGUCGGAUGGCACGAUGGUAUGUGUUCACGAGUUACUGCUGGUGUCGCUGGCGCUGGCUUGGCUUGCUGUGCAAGUCUUGCUGCUACUUGGAUGCUGUGUCCUUGUCAAGAGGUAUCGCAACUUGGCCGAGAUGAACAUGCAGAAGGACUAUCAGUCAUUCGAUAACGUCGGGUUCGACACAGUGUCCACACAUCGCCGCGUGCACUGGCCCGACCAAAACAUCGAUAUACUGCACGCUACUUAGAACUUUUCUAACUAAUCGAUUUUUAUAUUAAAAUCGAUAUUAUGUAUCGACUGUUUUAAUAGAGACGAUAACACGACG